GAUCAAAGUGUAGUAUCUGUUCUUAUCAGCUUAACAUCUGAUAGUUUCUCCAUUGGAGAACAACAAAUGUUAAACUGAUUUUUGGAAUCAGACGGAGUGCUAGGGGCUUGCUCCACCUCUGUCAAGGGUUGGCCCGGCAUUGCAGUAUCGCCGGGACUUCGGCCCAAUUCAACAAUAAAUCUGAAAUAAAGACUAUUUAAAAUGCACAUAAGCGUACGACUUUGCACAACAAUGCGACCUACAAUUGACCCCCGGCUUGAAUAUGCGAUAAUUUUCAACGCUUCUAAGAAAAGCAGAUUUUUAUUUGCGCAUCGAAUGUCAUUUUAUUUAUAUAUAUUAAUUGCCUCCCAAAAUAUAUAUUGGGAUGUUAAACCGAUUGUAAGCAUUCUUAAAGAUGCAUUCUUCGUUUGCAGUUGGUCUCGCUCUGUUGAGCCUCGUAGGCGCCGCCGCUCCAACUGAAGAUCUCCGAGAGGAACUGGCCCAGUCUGCCCGAAACACUAAGAAACUUAUCAGACAGGAUAGCGUCAACUUCUGCCUCUCGCUAGCCCGAUUGAUUGUGAGCUGUGCGGUGGCAGAUCAAGAAGAAAUAAGGAAAUGGAACGACUUUAUCGAGCAAUGGACGCCCAGAGUUGCGACCCUGCCAACAGAUGACAACGGCAUUACGCAGUUUAGCAGCCAGAUAAGAAAUCUGCUGCCAAAGGGAGACGGAUCUCAACAGGCCACAGAACAGCUAAACCUAUACACAAAGGGCGCCUAUGACAACAUGAACGCCCGCUUCAUGGAAGGCAACGCUCAACGUUACACGGCCUUCGAGUCGGAGGCUCGUGAAAUCAUACGCAGAUCGAGGACCGCAACAGGCCGUGCUGAAUAUUUUACUGUUGAUUUCUUUAAUAGAUUCGCCAAUGCAGCUCCAAGAGAUCGCGAAUUUCAGUUUAAUAAUUUUUUCCAAUAUCUCACCUUAACGGGCGAAGAUUUUCACGAAUGGUUAGCUAUACAAAUCAUGAUAAUGUAGUAGUUAUAGUUGUCCGAAAUAACUAUACC